GGCUCAGGUUGAAGCAAACGUAUAAGCAUGUUGCUAAUCCCAUUAAAACCUGUCCUCAUAGACACACAGAGUUAGCAUAGCACUGCAUUGCUAGCAGUGGUUGUUUUGUGAUGGUGUGUGUGUGUGUUUGUGUGUGUGUAUGCUGGAUGUUAAAACAGAAAGCGUCUGCUCUUCAUGUUGUGGGAUUACUGCUGCCGGUGCUGUGCGACGCCUCAGAUCAAGCGCCACUGCAAGCUGUCAAUCAACACCAAGCUCAGCGACACACGGGUCGUUCUUCAGAACUUGUUAAUGUGUGUGGUGUGUUUCUACUCGCUUUACUACAUCAGCGUUAGUGUGUGCAUCGGCAUCCUGAAGGUAGACGAGGUGGACGGCUUAUUAGCACCUUUCAACUACAAAAUCCAGCCUUCAUGGAACAGCCCGAAAUAUUUAGUGAGCGUGAUCUCGACGGAGGUGACGUACAUCGUGGGAGGACUCGUGUUCGCCUGGAUCGUGGAGGAGUGUGUGUGGGACUACGCCAUCACCGUCACACUCCUCCACAUCGGCCUCACGGUCGCUGUCAUGGCUGAUUUCCCUUCCACAGAACACUGGUGGAUCGCUCUCGGUUCAGGUUUAGUGAUGAUGAUCUUCGGCGGUCAGCUUUUGGCGUAUCAUCUUUUCCGGAAUAAUUUUGUGCAUCCUGAGGAUCUUCAAAACUUCUGAUCCACUUUCCUUCACACUUAGGAUCGUGUACUUUUUUAUUUUUAAAUUUUGUAACUGUUUUUUUCUCUCUUUCUUUUUUUCAACAUUGUAAAAGCGUUUUGUCUGUGCGCAUUUUCGGUUUCAAGAUGCGUUUGUGUCAGGAGCGAAUAAAUGUAAAUGCACCAGUAAAUCAAAGCUGC